UGCUAAGAGAGAGAUGAGCGAGAGCAGAGAGGAGACCAGCCGCGAUCGGUGUGCAAGGCGACCGACGAAGGGACCCUGCAGCCGCGUGGUGUGGUGGCCGGCUCGCCGAGCGAGCAGCUCGAUACAACCAUGAUGCAGGGAUGCCACAGAGGUUCUGGAAGCUCGUGCUCGAGAAGGACAUGUCUGGUGGCGGCAAGGGCGUCUCCACCGCCGCUGCCAUAGGCAUCCGCAUCGAUUUCUUGAGUUUCCACAGGCUGGAGCAUCUGCCGGUGGAGAAGGUGGCGAGAGCCGAGAUGGACAGCCUGCUCUGGGUCUAUGACUACAUCGUCGAGUUCUUCCAAUACAAGGACAUCCUGCAUGCCCAGGGGCUCUCAACACGAGAGGUGAGAAAUCGAAACAUGAGUACCAUGGCCUGAAGAUAUGUAGUGUUCAUGUCACCGGCAAAGCAACCACAAUGUAUUAUGUGCAUUCUGAUUCUGUGGCGACCAGCCGACCAUGCGGAGAUCCGACAUCUACGUCAACCUCCCGCCCUUGAUUGAGAAGCUCGAUGGCCUCCCGGCGACUGCGUCUCAUAGUUCAUGCCAACAACCUGGAGAAAACAAAGGAAAGGAGAGAUGCGUGCUAGGAGCAACUCCAUCCGGCUAUGUGAUUACGUACGUGCAUGCAUGGGUCACAUCACGACCAUGCACACAUUAUUCUAAACAGAAAAAUAACAAACGUUGCAUGCAUGAGAUUAGCUAGACGUGCCUUCUAAGAGAUGGAGUCUAUGAAAGGAUCAGCCUUCAGGUGGCUUAAUUUGAUGUUGUGUGCGCAGGAGAUCCUGGACGGCUUUUAGAACACCGCCUUCCGGUACUUCAAGACAAGAGGCAUAAGAAUAGUUCCGACGACUUGGCGCCCUGACGUCCGGCGAGCCACGGCGAGGAGAGGUGGUGGAUGCCCGGGCCGUGCGUGACAAAGUUAAGCUGACGGAGAUGCUUCUUUUUGUCCCAUUUAGUGAUGCUUGCAAAGAUAUAUGCACACAGUGACACAAUACACUAUAUGAAGAUUCUGGGAUCCAAGAGAAGCCCCCUUGACAUUACCUAUAUAACUAUGCAGUUGUAUUUUGUGACCAUCAAGCAAGCUUAAUUCUAACAGUA